AUGUAUGCGGUGAAGGACAACCGCACCUCUUUUGUGGAGCGUCUCAUCGAGCUUGGCUCUGAUGUCGGAGCAAGAAACAAUGACAACUACAAUGUGCUGCAUAUAUCCGCUAUGUAUUCGAGGGAAGAUAUCGUCAAGCUGCUUUUGUCAAAACGCGGAGUCGAUCCAUUCGCUACGGGUGGAAGUAGACAACAGACCGCCGUGCAUUUGGUAGCUAGCAGACAGACCGGCACCGCUACCAGCAUUCUCCGAGCACUGUUGACCGCUGCUGGAAAGGACAUUCGACUGCGCGUUGACGGGGUUUUUGAUUGGAGAAUAGACGGGCGGGAUGCAACACCGGUCUUUGCGAUCGCGUGCAACGAUCAGUCGCCUGGCACCGCCAUCCGCCGC